UCCUCCUUCUCCCUCACUUCCCAACUUCUAGGAGCUCCUCUUCCUUCCUCCUCCAAGCCCACAAAAACCAACCCAAACCGGGUCAAUCCCCGAAAAUGGAACCCCGGCCCCGAUUCGUAAUCGAAGCCGCGGAGGCCGAAUUCAUGGCCAAGCAGUCCGGCCAGACGGUCCUCCAACUCCUCCCGUCGCUGGUGAAGCCGGCCCAGCGCCUGGCCCGCCCGCCAAUCUCCCAAUUCAACGUGGGAGCCGUCGGGCACGGGUCCUCGGGUCGGAUCUUCUUCGGCGUGAACGUGGAGUUCCCGGGUCUCCCUCUCCACCACUCUAUCCACGCCGAGCAGUUCCUCGUCACCAACCUCUCCCUCCACUCGGAGCCCCACCUCGAUUCCUUCGCCGUAUCCUCCGCCCCCUGCGGCCACUGUCGCCAGUUCCUCCAGGAGCUCCGCGGCGCCCCGGCGAUCAAAAUCCUCAUCACCGAACCGGACGGCGGCUGCCGGUCCGAUUUCGAACCGCUCCUCAGCCUCCUCCCCCACCGGUUCGGGCCGGACGAUCUCCUCUCCAGGGACGUCCCCCUCCUCCUCGAGCCCCACGACAACCGCCUCGAGUUCCCGAUCGAGGCAGGGGGCGGCCUCUGCAAUGGCGGCGGCGAAAACGGCUUCAUUGAGGACGAGCUGAAGCGCGUGGCGCUGGAGGCGGCGAAUGCGUCCCACGCGCCGUACACCAAGUGUCCGUCGGGGGUGGCGAUAAGGGACUGCGAUGGGAGGGUGUAUAGAGGGAGUUACGCGGAAUCAGCGGCGUAUAAUCCGAGCUUGGGGCCGGUCCAGGCGGCUCUGGUAGCGUACAUCGCGUCCGGCUGCGAAGGCGGCGGGUACGAGAGGAUUGUGGCGGCGGUUUUGGUGGAGAAGGAAGGGGCUAUGAUAAGGCAGGAGGAGACGGCGAGGCUGCUCCUCCGGUCGAUCUCGCCGCGGUGCGAAUUCCGGGCUUUCCAUUGCGUUUCCGGUUGUAAGAAGGGGUGUUGCUGAUUUUGUGGGUGUCUUGUGGCCACCAUUUUUGGUUGGUGAUAUAAUGGAAAAAAGGAAUUGGAUUGGAUUGGGUGAGUUGAUGGAAUGAAAUUGAGGAUGAACAUGAUCCUGUUUCUGUGUAUGUGUACAUCUUUUGCGCUUUUAUUUUCGAUUCUUAAUUACUAAAGUAGCAAAAUAAGCACAGUUCCAUUUGGGAUUUGGUUCUCUUUUCUAUUGGAUUAGAUUUCAUGGUUUCUG